UUUCGAUGGGAAGAAAAUAUUUUCGAGUGUUUUGAAAUUUUGUGAGUAAUUUCCCUUCCAAGAAAUGCCAAAUCGUCCAGGAGAAUAUCUCGAAGCGAAUAAGGAGUAUUGUACUUUGAUAAGGAGUGUUUAGACCGGAUGGAUUUCUACGAUACUCACAACACAUAUAUUCUUCGCAAAGGCAAAACAAGUCUUUGGUGUAACCGUGUGAAUGGCAAUCUUCAAGUCAGACCUGAUUCUGACAUCGAUUUGCUUGAGGUGAAGCCAAACUGUCUGGGAAGAGUUUAUGGUGUUGUUGGAAAGAUACAAUUUUUGCCAGAUUCUGAUGAAAAGCUAGUGCUGAUAACAAAACAUUACAAAGUUGGAGAGAUUGCAGAUAAAUGUCCAAUUUAUAGAAUCGAGAAAAUUGCUGUUGUUCCACUUUCUUCUGAAGAGUGUCCGGACAUUGACUUUGAUUUAUGUGAGGAACAUGGUGAUCAGUCCGCAUCGAGACAAGCUCCACAGCCCAAGGUGGCUCAAACCUUGACGAAUUUGAGAACAUCUCUGACAAACUGGCAGUUUAAUAAGACAACUGCAAAUAAAAUGAAUUCUCAGAAAACAGUUGACAAGGAGAAAUUGGAAAGAAGAUUACAAGAGGAGUUUAUCAAGAUGUUUAAUGAUUCUCAGUCAUUUUAUUAUUCCGAAAAUGCUGAUCUCACAAAUUCUGUGCAGAGGAAUGUCAAGAAAGAUGAUAAGAGAAAAAACGAGCCUGUUUGGAAAACGGCAGACAAUCGAUUCUUUUGGAAUAAGGCAAUGCUGGAAGAAAUCAUGGCUCUCUCAGAAACGGAUGCUAGUGCACAUGGUUGGAUUGUCCCGGUUAUUCAAGGUUAUGUACAAACAGCACUCUGUGAAGUGGAUUAUUCAGAAUCUGGAAUGAAUGAAGAAAUCUUGAGGCAAACAGCUGCAGAAAAAUUUGAUUUAAUACUGAUAUCUCGUAGGAGCGUUUCCCGCGCAGGAACGAGAUACAAGAGAAGAGGAGUCGACGAAGAGGGAAACGUUGCAAACUAUGUCGAAACUGAACAGAUUGUUCGCGCUGGAGCACAUUUUCUAUCAUUUGUUCAAUUGCGGGGUUCCAUACCAUUGUACUGGAGUCAGGCUGGAAUAAAAUACAGACCUCCGCCAAAAUUGGAGAGAAAUAAGGAGGAAAGUCAGGAUGCGAUGAAAAAACAUCUUGAAAAAGAACUUGCUUUGUUUAAAAAUGUGACAAUUAUCAAUUUGGUUGAACAGAGUGGUCGAGAGCAGGUUCUUUACGAUGCGUUUAUGGAACACAUUAUCACGUAUAAUAACAAUUUUUUGGCGUACGUAACCUUUGAUUUUCACGAGUAUUGUCGUGGUAUGAAAUUUGAAAACGUAUCUAAGCUUGUGGAAGCAGUCGCCAAAAUAACGGAUAAUAUGCGCUUUUCCUGGGUGGACCAUCAGGGGAUGAUCUGGGAACAACAAGGGGUAUUUCGGGUCAAUUGCAUGGACUGCUUAGAUCGUACAAAUGUGGUUCAAGCAGCCUUAGCGAGAUACGUCUUGGAGACGCAGUUAUCAAGGCUGGGUCGUUUAAUGCCUGAAAACAGCCUACCAGCGGACAUCAGAGACGUCUAUCAGGAUAUGUGGGCUAAUAAUGGUGACGCCAUCAGCAGACAGUACGCUGGGACAGCGGCAAUGAAGGGUGAUUUUACUCGGACAGGCGAGCGAAAGUUUACUGGAGUAAUGAAAGAUGGCUACCAUUCUGCGAAUCGAUAUUUGAAUCGAUUCACCGCAGCUUACAGACAGACAGUCAUAGACAUAAUGCUUGGUAUUUCACCCACGGAAGACAUAAAGUCUCUGAUCGACGCGAUGAAACAACCCGAGGAGACUGGGGAGGAGUGGACAUUACAGCGAGAGGAAUGGGUUGCACAACUCGUGGAGCGGUGUCAUCAACUGUUGGUCCAGGAAGGCGAGAUUUAUCUGGGAGGAUGGGCAUUGAUUGAGCCAAUUGUGAGCAAUUCAGAAGAGGAAGGCUCUGUAUUUGAACAGGAAAUUGUUCUGUUGUUAACUGAGAAAGCAUUUUACAUCGCCUGUUACGACGAAGAAGAAGCAUAUGUGAAUCAAUACGAGUGUAUACCAUUGGAAAAUUUAGAGAAAAUCGAAAUGGGACCAAAUAUGUCUCAAAGGUCUCAAAUUUCAUGUCUUCGUUUGCACUACCGAAGCAACGAAGAUGGCGGAUAUUUUCACACGUUUAAAGCUCUUCGAAAUCGGACUGUUGACGAAGAUAAAGAUGUUUUGCACGGCAUUGCUGACGAGUUUCAAAAGGCAAUGUUGGCGAAGAAUCUGAAGGCGAAGGUGAUUGAAUGUCGACUUAGCAAAAAAAAGACCAAACCCCAUGAAGUCAUACAACUCUCUUGCAAAACCCGGCCAUGCAGUGCUGACAAUCAUUACCGCUGCAAAAAUGUAUUGUGUGCUCCUAAAGAAGGCUCAAUGGUUCACUCGUGUUCAGCCCCCGCAAAACUCGACAAAAUGGCCGCUCGUCUGGUGAGUUUAGAAACGAACGAUAGCUCGAAGCCAGACAUCUUGGACCAAGGUACCAGUAGCAUUAGUAAUGGCAGCAGAGAUGACUCUGCUUUAUACAAAAGAGUUUUAUCGGCUGGUUCCUCGAAUAUGGAAGGCACUACGUUUAUAAAAGAUCUUGAAAGUAACUUAGAAUGGGAAAAUGGUAAUGAUACUUCUUGCUCGGCUGUUGAAAACAAAAAUAUGGGCAGUCAAGAAGUGCAUUUACACGGAAAAGCUAAACAAAGCAAACAUGAUGAUUUUAUGGCGGGAAAUGAGCCUUCAUUGAGCUCUUUGUGUAAGAAUAACACUGACCAAGACACUGACUGUGUAAUAACUGGACAAAAAAUGUCAGGAAGUGCAUUUUCGACUAACGAGAAUGAACUUUACAAAGCGAGAGUUUUGCCAAGCAAUGAUAACCAGAACGUUUCAGAAGAAUUGAAUAUUGCCGCGAUAGCCGGGCAAUCUGAUUUAAGGGAAAAAGAAAAACAAGCGGAAUGUUGUGAGAACGAUAAGGAAGCUUUUGAGACGAAAGAUACGACUGAUAAACAAAACGUGAUAUCUUCAGAGAAAAACAUUGAUACGCGGGAAAAUUUUGGUCAAACAACAGCGGUUGAUAUGUCAAAAACAUCAGACAAAAACGACAAAAACUGGGGCGAGAAAAGUCUAAUGAGCAAAUUUUUUGAAACCGGGAAAAAAUUGUCGAGUGCAAAUAAUUCACCAAAAAUGGCGAGAAAGUCGGAAAGUUCCGGUAAAACUUCGGAUCCUGAAUCGAGUUUAGCAGCAAAUUUCAAAAAGAACUUGAAAAAUCGUUUCGCUGAUGCUCAAAUUAGAUUCCGUAAAAACGAGGAUUCCGUUAACGCUUCGGAGGUCGAAUGGAAGGCGGAGGAUUCCGAAGGCGUGCCGGAACCAGCACGACCCGCUGUCGGGAAAAGGAAUAUUUUAGCCGCCGCACAAGAGCGAGGCAGAGCUUUCAUUCCUGAGUUGAAGAAUAAAUUUUCUGGAUUGUCGAAUCGCUCUCCUCGGAUGGCACGUAAAACGGACUGGAAGACAGUGAUUGAAAAUAGUGAAUGUAGAACAAACAUUAUUCUAGUUUAAGUUUUUAUUUUUCUAAUGCAUAGAAUGUAAUAGCAAUGAUGGUUUUAAAAUGGAAAAUGGUUUUAAAAUGGAAACCUCUGGAAAUGAGAGCACUAAAAGUACUCACUUUUUGAUCUCAUUUUCGAGUUGUUUUAAUACGAGAGCCUCAGUGUCAGGCAUUUCUUAACAACUUAUAACACAUUUGGAGCUGAAUUUUGGGGAAAACCAUAUGUUUCACAGUGUAAAUAACAUGCAUGCUAAUAUGCCAACGUUUUAUCAUCUUAUGCAAGAUGUCAUCCCUCAUCUUAUGAUGUCAACACGAAGAAUAUAAUUAAUUUUAACCACCCUGUUUAAAAU